UGAGCGAUACUCUGAAGGGAAGCUCGGCGUGCCAAAGCAGGCGGAGUCGGAAACGCGAAAGCCCAGCGCUCCUUCUACUCCCUCCCCCGGCGGAGGUGUAAACGAUCGUGGUGGAGCAGCUCAGCUCAGGGAGCCGCCGUGAUCGACUGCCCCAGAAAAGCGUUGCGUUAUCCGGACGGAGAUCCAGCCGCCAGUCGCUCGUCCCGUUGUUCUUGCAUUUAAGCGCUGGUGUGACAUUACACGAGCUCUUCCCUUUCUUCUCAAAUAGAGGACGAAUUCCCCCAGUCGCCCGAGGAAUAUCUCCCAGGAUAUCUACCCCAGAAAUGGACGGUUUCGCCGGUAGUUUAGAUGACAGUAUUUCUGCCGCGAGCACAUCAGAUGUGCAGGACCGCCUGUCGUCUCUGGAGCUGCGGGUGCAGCAGCAGGAGGAUGAGCUGACGGUGAUGAAGGCCGCGCUGGCAGACGUACUCAGACGUCUGGCUCAGUCGGAGGACUCCGCAGCCACUGCCAAAAAACAGCAAAGCAGCAAAGGUCAGACCCCGCUGCGAGAGGCUUAUUCAAUGUCUUGUAUUGCCAAUGGCAGUUCCAGCGGCCGCAAAUCUCACAGAGAUAGUUCCACAGUGUCCAUAGCCAAGAAAGAGACACUCUCCUCCGCCGCCAAGAGUGGUGGCGAAGGGAAAAAAGACAAGCCUCCGAUGGAGGGGAUCAAGGAGAAAGAGGAGCCGCCACAGGCUAAUGAUCAAACCCCUUCAGCACCCAGCACCCCGCAGGCACCAUCCCCUUCCAGCAACCCCCCCUCCCCUCAUCCCCCACAGCCCCAAAGACGGCUUUCAGAGAACAAGGGGUCAACCCCGGCCAAAAGGGGUAGCAGUGUGAAGCGUGGAGGAAUGGAGCGUUCUCAGAGUAGUACGUGGGACAGCGGAGAGGAGAGCAGGAAUAAGCUGGUGAAAGCAGCCUCCACCUCCAAACUGCUGUCCAAAGUGGUGAAGAAUGCAGAGAAACACAGAGAUCCAGUCAUCAGCCAAGCUAAAAUGUCAACCCGUGAAAAAAACAGUCAAGAGGGAGAAUAUAUAAAAAUGUUCAUGCGAGGACGACCCAUCACGAUGUUCAUCCCAUCGGACGUGGAGAAUUACGACGAUGUCCGAACCGAACUUCCCCCAGAGAGACUCAAACUGGAGUGGGUAUAUGGCUACAGGGGACGUGAAUGCCGUGCAAACGUGUACUUGCUACCUACCGGAGAGAUCGUAUAUUUCAUAGCCUCGGUGGUUGUGCUCUUCAACUACGAGGAGAGGACACAGCGGCACUAUUUAGGACACACUGACUGUGUCAAAUGUCUUGCUGUUCACCCGGAUAAGAUCCGUAUCGCCACAGGACAGAUAGCAGGCGUGGAUAAGAAUGGCAGGCCGCUUCAGCCUCACGUCAGAGUUUGGGACUCAGUCAGUCUGUCCACGCUGCAGAUCAUCGGCCUCGGCACCUUUGAGAGAGGAGUCGGAUCCCUCGCUUUCUCUAAAGCCGACUCAGGCGUUCAUCUCAGUGUGAUUGAUGACUCUAAUGAGCACAUGCUCACUGUGUGGGACUGGCAGAAGAAAUCAAAAAUCGCUGAGAUUAAGACAACCAAUGAAGUGGUCUUAGCAGUGGAGUUUCACCCGACUGACGCUAACACCAUUGUCACGUGUGGGAAAUCCCAUAUCUUCUUCUGGACCUGGAGCGGUUCCUCACUCGCCCGCAAACAAGGCAUCUUUGGCAAAUAUGAGAAGCCCAAAUUUGUGCAGUGUUUGGCUUUUCUCAAUAACGGAGACAUCCUGACCGGAGACUCGGGAGGAAUCAUGCUGAUAUGGACUCGCAGCACCGCUGAACCAGCACCAGGGAAAGGGCCGAAAGGAGCGUUUCAGAUCUUGCGUCAGAUCAAGGCUCACGACGGCAGCGUCUUCACUCUGUGUCAGAUGAGGAAUGGCACUCUGCUCACAGGGGGCGGCAAAGACCACAAGAUCAUUCUGUGGGACCACGACCUGAAUCCAGAGAGAGACAUCGAGGUCCCAGAUCAGUAUGGCACUAUCCGUGCAGUAGCUGAGGGCAAGGGCGAGCAGUUUCUGGUGGGCACUUCACGCAACUUCAUUCUGAGAGGCACCUUUAACGACGGAUUCCAGGUGGAAGUGCAGGGACACACGGAUGAGCUGUGGGGUCUGGCCUCCCACCCGUUCAAGGACCUGUUCCUCACCUGUGCUCAGGACAGACAGGUGUGUCUGUGGAACUCAGUGGACCACACGCUGGAAUGGACCAGACUGCUGGACGAGCACGGGCACUGCGCAGAUUUCCAUCCUAGCGGUUCGGUUGUUGCAAUUGGUACUCACUCAGGGAAGUGGUAUGCUCUAGACGCAGAGACGCGAGACCUGGUGGCCAUUCACACAGACGGCAAUGAGCAGCUGUCAUUGUUGCGCUACUCUGUCGAUGGCACGCUGCUGGCAGUGGGAUCACAUGAUAACUUCAUUUACCUCUACACAGUGUCGGAUAAGGGACGCAAGUACAGCAGAUAUGGGAAAUGCACUGGACAUUCCAGCUACAUUACACAUCUUGACUGGUCCCCCGACAACAAGUUCAUCAUGUCCAACUCGGGAGACUACGAAAUCCUUUACUGGGACAUUCCAAACGGUUGCAAGUUGAUUCCUAACCGUUCUGAGUGCAAGGAUAUCGAAUGGGCCACAUAUACCUGUGUGCUAGGAUACCACGUCUUUGGUGUUUGGCCGGAGGGCUCAGAUGGGACAGAUAUCAAUGCACUUGUGCGAUCUCACAACAGGAAGGUGAUCGCUCUGGCUGAUGACUUCUGUAAAGUUCACCUGUUCCAGUAUCCCUGCUCAAGAUUCAAGGCCCCAAGCCACAAGUACAGUGCCCACAGCAGUCAUGUGACGAACGUGAGCUUCAUGCACAGCGACAGUCACCUGAUUUCAACAGGUGGCAAGGACAUGAGCAUCAUGCAGUGGCGUCUGGUGGAGAAGACCUCAUCCUUGGUGCAUAGCGACUCCAGCUUGGGCCUGGGUGAUUCCCUGCUGCACAACUCCACCCCUCGCACCCUGCCGACGGUACCCAGCGUGCCCCACACUCCUACUGAGCCCUUGCCGGUGCCAGCCUCGCUUCCCCUCAGCACCCAAACCGAAACCAACACUCCCCCUCCCACUCCCCCUGAACCCCUGCACACGGUUACUCCAAAUGGACAGCAGGACGGCUCCCCUGAAACCCCGUCCCCUUCCGAUGAGGCCACGCCCCCAUCCGACAGCACCCUGAGCCCCAAGGACAGCCUAGAGCCUAGCGACGAUACGGCCACACCCAGUGAUGAGGGCACGACCUUUAACCCUCCCUUAUAAGGCAGUCCAACCCUUCUCUCGCCUGCUCGAUAGCCCGCCCAAAGGCACCAGCAUGUCACUGCAGCCUUCCUGUCGGAUUACAAAUGCAGGGUCUCAUCAGUUUUUAUCCUUUCAAGAUCUUCUUUUUUCGUUUCGUGUCUUAGUUUGUUAUGUUGACAUUCAGUAGAUGUGGUUGUGGAGGCAUCGGUUCGGGUUGGAUGGUGAGAGAUUUGGAAUGUGUAAUUAAAAACCUUUAGAACACCAGAUUUAGAACACCUACAAGUUUACACUGACUCACACACACACACACACACACACACACACACUACCACACAAACACUAAUACACAUGCAUAGACACAUCAGUAACUGUGAUACAUUCAAAAAAGAGAAGAAAACAAACGAUUUACCAGUUUUAGAUACAAACAACAUGUUCAUAUAAACAGACAAAUAGACAAAUAUAACAUAAAAUGGAUACAUGCUUUCAAAUAACUAUAGUUUGGCUUAUACAUCAAUAUAUUAAUUGAUUAAGGAUCAGCAACUAAGGGUGAAUUAAGCUGGAUUACUGAACCUUUUCCUCUCUUUCCUGACAUGAAAAAAAAUGUAUGUUCUGUUUUUUUUUACUCAUCCUCAAGUCUCAAACCCAUAUGACUGACUUUCUUCUGUGUAAAGCAAAAAUGUUUCAUAAAUGUUUUGAAGAGAUCUGUUGAAGAUCUGUAUGAGGAUUUUUGAAGAUGUUUAGGAGGAUAUUUUAAAGAUCUUUUGACAAAAGUCAAUUAGGCCCAGAUCAAUACUGGACCCUUUUGACUUUUAUUCUUCAAAACAGAAUUUUAUUUGUUCUGCAAAAGGCAAUUCAAGUCAUACAGGUUUGGAACGACAUAAAGUUAAGUAAACAUUGUUCAUUUUUUGGGUGAACUAUCCCUUUAAAUGAGUAAACUUUUUAAAAAAAAAUCACAAGAUGUAGAUCAUUUAUAUUCUUUUGCUCUCUGUGAACAUUGGUGGAGGACUGCAUGUAAAGCUGAUUUGCGUGCUUGCAUAGCAUCUGUCCCUAAGCCAAAAACUACAGGACGUGUACUAUAUCCGGUGACACCAGGCAGGUGCCCCGGCUUAUUGUUCAGAAACAAGGACCUCGACAAUUCAAGCUGCUUCUGUUGGUCAUCAUGGUCACGGACACCUUGUAUUUCAACUCGGCACAACUAUCGCCGCUUUACAGGAGAACAGCCAUAAACAGCAGAGCACUUCAUUCAAUACAAACACAAGUAACACACACUCACACACGCCUGACCUGCAUCAAAAUGGGGUCUGCAUGGCAGUAGCCAAGAUAUUUUAUAAAUAAAAUACAAAAAACAAUUUCAGUCUCAUCCGCCUGUCUAAAGAUGCCGUACCACCCGCACAUCUCUCCGUUUCCUCUGUUGGACUGGAGAACCUCCUCUGUAUUCAUACCAUCCGUUUUAACCUUGCAUCCAAAUGACUCUCUUCUCAAGACUGCAUUGUUUUUAGGUUUCAUUUUGGGUCUGUUUUUCUUGUCAUUUUCUUCAUCGGACUGAGAUGUUCUUGUUUUGUUUUUUUUUCAUCAUAUGAGAGAAACAAAAGAUUAAAGAAGUCUUAAAUGUGCGUGCGUAACUGUGUAUGUGCACGCGAGUCGCCGCUUCUUUCAUUCCGCUAAUGGGUUAUCGCCCUCUCCCUCUCUCCCUCACAUUUUCUAAGGAUCACUCUUUUUGGACAGAGCUUGUAAUGCUUACAAAAACAGUACCAGAAAGUACCAUAGUAUUAUUUGUACCAUAUUGGGCUAAUGUAAGUAAUUUGGACAAUGUUUUGACAUUGACAGGAUUGAAUAUCAUGGUAUUUGAGUAUGGUAUCAUAUUAUGCUUAUAGUGAUGAGAUGAGAGGACAACUUAUAUUUAAAUUCUAUCGCAAAAAUAGUGCGAAGUUUUGCACUCAUUAACAAAACCUUUGUGCUUUCCUGCAAAACUACUACACUCCCCUUAGAAACUUUGUAUUCUGCCUUGAAACAUGUUUUCUAAAAGUAUUGCGUUCACCCAAGAAUGUUUGCAUUUAUUCGCAAAGCAUUUGCAUCUAUCUAUCUUAAUUCCUAAUAUUAUUUCCAUCACAAAAUAUUUGUGAGCGAACAAAAGACGAUGCAAAAGCAUUGAAAUAUAAUUUAGUAUUACCAUAUGAUACCAUGGUACUUUUACAUGGUACUGCCUUUGUGUGUUCCCUCAAAGAUAUGGAUGAAAAAGAAACUCAUUGAAGAUUAAACCGCAUUCGCAGGCGCCGAUAUCUUGAGAUGAAGCAUAUCUUUUUUUCUGAAAUGAAUCAAUAUCAGUGAAACACAAGAGAACAGCUGCUGAGAGAGAUUCCCUCUAGUGCUGCUUGAUGAACGGCAACCUAAAUCAUCAAUAUUACACCAGAAAAUACAUCAAAACGGCUCUCAAACCAGACAACCUCUAGAUUUAAAAGCAUUGCAGAGGAUUAAAAUGCAUUGCAUUUGCAGUCUCUGUGUACAAAGGCAUGAGAAAGCAUGGUUUACACACUCAGAUUUUAGGUUGUGAUGCUGUAUUGACGUACGGUAUUGAGAGGUUCAGAUACACAUUUACAGUAAUUUGGGUUUUCCUUUUUUAAUUUUGAAAGAAUGACAAUCUUCUGUAAUGUGUAUAACAGUACACAUCAGCAUUCAAAUACUAAGUAUUUUACACAGCUGCCUCAAAUUCAUGUCUGAUGUGUUUUAAGGUGAUUUGUAAGUGCAUGAAAUAGUGGAUUAGGUGGUGUUAGCAACGUUUAGAUGACGGAAUGAUAUCUGAUUGUUUUUGUGGUGUUGGUGUGCUUAUGCAACGUUUGCGCUGUAGACGGUGUUGAGUUGAAUGCCCUUCAGCUGGUCUGCAGUUAACUUUUUAUACCUUUUUAUGAACGGUUUAUGUACUUUUCCUGCUUUUUGUUCUUUUUUUUACUUUUUUAAGAAAGUUGGAUGGUUUUCACAGUAGGUUUUCCAUGGACUUCCAUGUUUUAUGUUUUUGUCCUGUCCUAUACAAUGGGAAAGCCACACUUAAAAUGCAGAAUUUCUUAGUGGAAACAUACAGGCACAUUUUUUUAAAGCAAGAUAUUUCAAAGAAAGCAUAUGAAGUUCAAAACAAAGAAAAAAGUCCAAUGCUAAUGUGAUCGUUUUUGCGUUGUGAUUGCUUUGUGUGAACUUGAGGGGGGGGGGGGAUCACCAAAACACUAGCAAUCAACAUUGCUCAGAAAUGUGACAUUUGAAAAGCUCAUUCAUACAUUCAAAUCUAAUUUAAUAGCAUUCAGACAUUUGUGAAAAAAAAAGUUGACUUUUUAAGGGCCACUAGCUUGGACUCUCAAACCUUCAGGACACCAUGGCUAUCAAAAGGGCAACUCUCAGAAGCUUUACACAAGUUGCAAACUCGGAUGUCGAUCUUUCACAGACCUUUGUUGUUGCAUUCAGGGCUGGCUUUAUUGUGUAUAUAUUGGUGUACCUGUAUGUAUAUAACUAUUUUUGGGUAGGGCGUUUCUCUGAAAUGCAAGGGCAAAGAUUCCAUAUUUGUUUUCAUCCAUGAAAAAGCUGGAGACUGUUCUCCUGCAGAUGCAGGUAUAGUGGCCUUGUGGCAUGGAUUCAGAUUUUAGGAUUCGUCACACUGUGGCCGGGUUUUCUCAGUUCGGAGGCUCCAGGGCGUUUCUAUAGACCUGUCACAUAAACCUGUUAGCUGAAUGGAGUGUUUUCUGAAUGUAACAGAUUAUUUGCCUUGUUAUUUGAUAUUGAAACGAAUGCUAGGUGUGUUGGUUGAAGUAUUGGUGAAGGGUUUGGGUGUUUUGAGAGAGUUUUCACAAACAGGAGUGAAAGUGAAGCUGUUGAUGAUCAGUGUAUUGGAGAAGACUGCUUUUUUUAUUUUUUAUUUUUUUUAUAUCUGCUAAUAUCCAAGAGCUAAUUUCCAAAACAUACACGGGGAGAGAGAGGGGAUGGAAAAGCCCAGCUGGUGAUUGUCUGUACGCUUGGUGGAAAUGUUGGGCUUGAGUACAGCUCUGGACUUCUGAAUGCUUUGUUGUUUGCAGGCCUUCUGACUAUGUCCUCAUUGAAUAAAGGUGCGGAGACUAAGCUUUUCUGAUAAACAGAAUCACAGUUAUGAAAACCACAAUGAUGAUUCUGUUUAUGCAACUGAUCCAAUCAUGUUAACAAAAUAUGAAAAUGCAUUUUUUUCUUCUUCUUGUGACAAAGUUUGAGCCAAUCUGUUUCUUAUGCAUUCCUGCCAAUGGGCAGAAAAUACUGAAGAAUUUAGAAAAUAAAGAAACAUUUCAAAACA